ACAUUUUAGAAACCAGAUCACAUUGUUUGAUCUAAAAAUGGUGCGCUUCAAAAAAGGCAAAACAAAGAAAGCUUUAGACCUCUGGCAACAAGCAGGAGGUAGAGAUUUCAUCACCAGGUCUUUAAUUUCUCAUGGUUUUAGUGAAGUUAAUGUUACAACUGAACAGUGGUCCUCAGUUACACUUACAGUGUUUAAAAGUAAUAAGAAAGAGCAUCUUAAGUGGUUGAGGGUCAUCUGGGGUGAAGACCGACGUGGAGUCCGGACUGAGGUGCUUCAAGCAGCACUACCCAACCCCAAGAGCCCACCUGCCACAAAGGUGAAGAAAAGAAAAGUGGACCAACAGGAACAAGACGCACAGGGAAAUUUGACCUGGCUGUGGGAAAAAAAGGACACAGAGGUGGUCGUGGCAGUGCUCCCCUCACAGAUGAAAGGACGCAUGUUGCUUAUCCGCCACUGUGAGCUAUGCUCACUUCGACCCCACCAGUGGUUGACAGGGGAGGUAAUUGAAGGCGUGUUUCAUGUUGCUGCCGACAAAUUCGCCGUUCUGAACAAAAUGUACUUGCUAAAUCACUACACAGCAAGUGUCAUUUUGUUCGGGGACAGAACUCAGCUAACAUCUCACAGUUUACCGAAGGUCAACUUUGACAACUAUGAAGCUGUCCUGUCCUUUGUACUUGUCAACAACAACCACUGGAAGUUGCUGUACAUUCAUGCCAACACCAGCACCGUAUUCCUGGUGGAUCCAGCUCAAAGCAUAAAAGAGCUUGAUGACACCGAACAUGCUGCCAAAAGAAUACAGUCAAUCAAAAUUCAAUAG